CCCGGGAUGGCCCAGCCCCCCGAGGGCCCCGCCGUGCAGGCCUGGUCCCGGAUCCCGGUGGUGGGGCCCCGGGCCCUGGAGGACGCCCUGACCGUGUUCAGCCCCCUGUCCCCGGACCCGCUGCAGCGCCAGUCGCAGCUGCUGAGCUUCGUGGAGGGGCUGCGGGAGGAGGGCUACCUGCCCACCGUGCUGCGGAGCCGCGACGUCUACGGCUACACCUCGUGUACCUGCCAGGUCCCCGGGGCCGGGGGGCCCGCCGCCGCCAACACCGCCAACACCGACCCGCCGCCGCCGACGCCGCCGCCGCGGCCGCCGCCGCCGCCGCCGCCGCCAUUAUCGUCGUCGUCGUCGUCCUGGUCGUCGUCCAGCGGCAGCUCGGCCCGGGCAGGAGGCGGCAACAAGACCCCCAGGAAGAGCCCCAAGUGGAACGGCUGGCUCCGGCCCCCGGCCUCGGGGGUCCGGCUGGGCCAGGAGAAGGGCGACAGCGGCCAGAGGAGGCACCGGUACCCCGAGAGGAGAGGCCCGGCCCAGCGGGAGAGCCGGAGGCCGAGGCCGAGGCCGAGGCCGUCGCAGUCGCCGCCGCCGCCGCCGCCGCCGCCGCCGCCGGAGGGGGAGCUGAGCGGCCGGGGGCGGCCGCCCGACCUGGGCGAGGCAGCGGGGCCGCUCAGCAGAAGCCGGCUGCAGCUCCUCCGCUCCAAGGUGAUCAAAGUGGACGAUUCGUCUUCGGACGAGGAAGUCAGGAGGAAAGCCCAAAAAAUCCUGCGAGUGAACUUGUCUCCUGUGAUUAAAAUCAGACCCAUAUCCUACCCUCAUCACUAGGACACUGGACAGCAAAACUCUACACAACAUCCCUGCAAAAACAGGCAUCUCAUUAAAAACAAGACCCUCCUGUCUGUCUUUUUAUACAUCAUUGACUUUUUAAAAUGCACCUGCUCUGGUUUUGCUUUUUUUUUUAAAAAAAAAAAAUCUCCAGUCACUUUUGACCGAUCUGCAAACAAAAAAAAAACAACCAAGAAAUGAACUUGCAAUUUUUAUUUUGGAGUCUGAUUUUAUUUUUCUCUCUCCCAUCCCCAUCUCCCCA